AUGCUUUAUCUUUUGGUUCAAGUUAAUGAAAGUAUUAAGUGUGUUAUUUCUGAACGUGUAGUGAGUAUAGAAGCCAUAGAUAAUAAAUUUUCUGACCUUUUUGAUGCAAUAACAUUAGGACAAUAUAACGAUAGGGAGGUUAAAGUUUUUAUUAGACAAGAAAAGUCUGAAAACUGGCGAAAAGUUGAUAAUGGACUAAAAGGAGACUUAAAAAUACUAGAAGUUUUAGGGUUUUUGCGAGUUAAAUUUUGUUUUGUUGAGUCAAAUUUAAAUACACAAGAUAUUCCUAUUCCGACUCAAAAUAGAGAAAGUGCUUUUAGCAUUUUAAUGCAAAAUUCAAGAAAACUUUUACUUCCUCAACGUAUUACUGAAUAUAAUAAUUGUGAUCAACUUUAUAAUGAAAUUAUCGAACUUCUUCAAGAUCUAAAAGUUGGCUGGAUGGGUGGUGUGCACGAUACGAUUGGCAAAAUAUUUGUAAAUCGUAUUAAGGAUGCAAUCUGGUAUAUUGAUCCACAUCACUCCACAUUAAAUGCACGUUCAUGUCACUUGCCUAUCCUUUUCACACAACUGAAAACCUAUCAAGAUGGUGAUACAUAUAACCAAUAUUACCAUUCCGGUCAUCAUAAAAAAAUUCAAUUGUCACAACAUAAACUUCUUCAACUUUCAAGUUUUCUUGGAUUAUCUAUUAGUCAACCAUGGGCAAGUAAUGAUAUAUGGAAUCAAGUAGUUCCAGCAAUUCUUUCGCUAAUUGGAAUUCUGGAAAAAUAUGUUCAGUAUCUAAAUGAAGCUACUAUUAUUAUGACCAAGCAUCACCAUUGUGAUGAAAGUGCUCGCGGUCCUGAAAAUAACUGUAUUAUGUAUCGGACUGCUGCUUGUAAACGUGAUAACCUCAAAGAUAAAUAUAAACAACUGAACAAUCUUUUAUUUGAAAAACAACUCAUGUUUCCAAUAGGCAUAUAUAGGUAUCAUCAAGGCAGUCAUUUGGGAACCAUUAAUUUUGUAUGGAAAAUUCCGGAAGCUGAAGAAUUUAAUGAUGAACAAAAUGAAACGUUGAAAGUACGAAUGCUUGCUAGGAUUCACGAAGGUUUACCUCAUUAUUUUACACGACAAAUGCAAAAGAAUGUGCUUAAUAAGAAAGUUACACCAGCUGUACUACGUAUGCUUCAUUUUGAUCUCACUGGUAAUGCUGCCGUAUCUUCAAAUUCUAUCAGUCGUGAAGUAGAAGAGAGAUUACGAUUGAUGUUAACUUUGGCAGAUCCCACCAUUAUAUCUGAUUUGCGAACAAAUAAUGGUUUUGAUGGAACAAAAUUUAAUAUAUUUUGGGAUGAAACAGAAGCAUAUUUCAAUGAACAGAACUUGCUUGCAGUAGAUGAACGGAGACAUGAAACUAUUCUAUACAUGCCAUUAGCCUUAUCUGUUCGUGAUCUUCGUGAAAUAAUAAUGGAAAAAUUAUAUAUCAUCCAUGGUAAUCCUCUUCCUUUUACUAUUCAUAUUCCAUCAGAAGAAUGGAUCCGCCUACAGUUUUGCCCUACAAAUGCUAUUGCAACACGAUCUAUACAUCACACUGGUCGAUUCAACGUAAAAUUUAAGGUACAAGGUCGGUUGCUUCGGAAAAAUAGUGAUGAUGCACAUUAUUGUGCAGCAUUUUUCCGGUAUCUUAGAGAAUUUUGCAUUAAGUACCAUCAGUGGACUUGUUUGAUUUCUGCAGAUGACAAACAUAAAGUUCCUAUUGGAGAAGAUAUUGCAGUUUCUACAGGUGUACGAAACCGGCGCUCUAUGGUGGAUCAAAAUAGUACAUUGGCUGCUGCAGAUCAUGACUUCACAAAGCUAUCUUUAACACCAUCAGUUACGUUUUUCAUAUCAAUCCCUGAGGAUAUUUUUGGAUCAUUUUAUGAUGGUCAAGUUUUUGUAUCUUAUAAAGAUACAACCUUUGAGCCAAGUUCUGCCAUCAGACAUUCAACUGAGUUUUUAAAUGCACUUAAUAUCCAAUAUGAACAUCAAGUAACGCCACCAAUACUAUGCCUUUAUACUGAUGGAGGGCCGGAUCAUCGAUGCAAUUAUGGAUCUGUGCAGAUUGCAUUGAUUGCUCUUUUUCUACAGGGGGAUUUUGACAUGCUCAUUGCAGUUCGCACUGCGCCCAAUCAUAGCUGGACAAAUCCAGCUGAACGUAUUAUGAGUAUCUUGAAUUUGGGUUUACAAGGUGUAGCACUUAAGCGUAAUCAGAUGAGUCCUGAAUCCGAAGCUUUGUUUGAAACGGCAAAUACCUUAGAUGAUAUACGUAAAAAGGCUCAAGAAUUUAAUGAAUUAAAUUCUGAAUUAAUAGAGAGUAUAGCAAAUAUUCAAGACAUGUUAAAUAAUCGAACAGAACGGCUAGUAUUAAAAGAUAAGAAAUUCAAAUGUCAUGGAUCAGCAAGUGAAGAAAUAAUUACUAAAUUAUUUGAGAAGUCAAUUUUUGUUAUAGACCCCACUUUGAAAAUUGACGAAACCACACAAUCGCAAAUACGUCGUCAUUCUGCAUUGAUUGAAUUUAUGGAUACUCAUUGCCAUGCGCGCGCCUAUAGUUUUCAGAUAAAAAAGUGCAAUAAUCCUACUUGUCCAUAUUGUAAACCAAUUCGUCUUCCUUCACAAGAAUUUCAUGAUUUGAGUUUUCUUCCAGAUCCGAUCCCUUCGCAAGAGAAUACUGACCAUUACGCGGCUUUUCAAAGUGUCUAUGGAACUGAAACUACCGAAGAAUAUAGACCAACAUAUAUGCAAUCACAGGCGAACGCAGAACCUAUUCCAAAAUCUAUUCUAGUUGUAGGGAAAAUCCGUGGUUAUAUUGAUUGUGAAGAUUGUAAAAAGCGUCGCUGUGUGUAUAGUGACAAAUUCUUGAAUAGUGACGAACAACAAGAUUUUCAACAAGUACUAGAGUCAUAUUCAUACUCCUGCGGUGCACCAAUUUUUCCUGAUGAUCACUACUUGAAAGAAGUAGUGUUUGUACGAACACGUAUCAAUUGUGACUCACCAAUUGAAGUAUUGUAUUAUUCAAGCCGUAAAUCAGGAAAUUAUCCAAUUUGUUACUAUUGUGGAGAAAGUGAAGGUUUGGUGGCACCUCCGGAAUCUUUGAAACAGCGUUUCAAACAAAUUUAUCCACUAUGUGAGAUGUGUAUAGAGAAUAGAAAAGGUUUUCAUACUAAAGGAGAGAUUAAGACUAACGGACGUGCCUCAAAGCGCCGUAAAACAUAG